CAGAUGGUGGAGCCCAGCUGUUAUAACUUGUAUAUACAGUGCAUAUUUCUCUAGAAGCUUCUCAAGUGAAUUGCACUGUAACCGGCUUUUACGAUCACCGACGGCGAACUUCCGGCGACUCCCAGUGCAGAAAUGGGAGACGCAAAAUUUAUGCAGAAAGAUGAUACAAGCUUGGAGACUACGAGGGCAAGAUUCAACAGUGUCCUCAAAAGACAUGGGGAGCUAGCUGAGCGUCUCUCCAGGGACUCUGACAGGACUGUUUUUGAGCGUUUGCAGAGGGAAUUCGAAGCUGCUUGUUACUCCAGAACUCGAGAAAUUUGUUUAGAUGGUGAGGAAUGGAAUGAUGGAUUAUUAGCCACCAUAAGGGAAAGGGUUCACAUGGAGGUUGAGAGUAGGGCAGUACAAUUGCCUGGGGAUCCAAGGUCAUCACCAAGAUCUCCUCUUGCUGAAAAGAUCACCUACAAAGUCGGAACAAAGAUGCUUUGCUGUCUUGGUGGAGCAAGGAUCGGCAUCCGGUAUGAGGCAUUGUUUGGUGGAUAUGUUCGUGAGUAUUACCAUUGUGUGCUUGAAAGCAAAUCAUUUCUUCAGAAGAUGACUGUCCUCGAACAUACAGUUCCGUUUUUCCUGCCGAUACAGAAAGCAGAAAAUGAUUUGCUCUCUUCAAAUGCGAUAAAAUUUAUAGAUCAUGUUGGCGAAUUGUUGCAAGCUUAUGUUGACCGACGAGAGCAGGUCCGCCUUAUUCAGGAAUUAUAUGGUAAUCAACUAAGAGAACUUUAUCACAGUCUUCCCUAUGACAUGGUGGAAUUCAUGCUAGACGAUUGUGAUUGUAAGAUAACUGUUGGUCUGAGAUAUGAGAAUCUGUUGUCUAUUUUACCAACUAGAGCAAGCGUAUUUGCAUGGCCUGUGAAAAAAUCUUCAAGUGCUGAAAUAAUGCGGAAAGGAAAUGGAAUCUCAGAAAAUCCUGAUGUACCGAUGCGGCUAAUCUAUGCGGAAGAUGCGCUGCGGACUAUGAGUUUGCCUGAAGCAUAUGCAGAAAUUGUGCUGAACCUCCCGGAGGAGCUUUCUGAACUAAAAGUUCAAAGGAAACUCUGAUGUAUUAUCCUCAGAAAAAAGUCAACAGAGUAGAAAAAGAUCAGUGGGUGUUUGAUUGUCUAAUAGAAGACAUCUUAGAACAAUUAGCAAACAGGUGUGUUAAAACAUGUAAGAGCAAUUAGUGUUUCUGACUUCUUGCACAACCAGUAUAUUAUGCAACCAGAGAGUUUAUUGUGUGUGGCUUUUAAAUUAUCA